AACGGAUGUAAAAAUGUAAAUAAUACGGAGCAUGCGCAAUCCAAUUUUAGUAACAAUGGCAGAAGGCGAAAGAGAUCAAGUUCUUGCUGAAUUUCAGGCUUUUACGGCUUUAGAAGACAUUGACACAUGUAUCCAAAUCUUAGAAUCCAAUGACUGGAAUUUAAUGAGAGCAGUGAACAGUGUGAUGCCUGGGACUGAUGGUGGAGUAUCACCCAUGGGCGGAGAACCCCCACCCUCAGUCUUUGAGGAUAUAAGCCCCCCUCCUUACUCUGCCUCAUCGCCAGACAAUGACAACAACGUGGCAGAUGCCAGGGCUUUUUUCGAUGCUAGCUCUGCCUCAGAAUGCAAUGUUGCCAUCCCAUCUACAAGUAAUUCAUCCCCAAAGCGGCGACAUCCAGGGGGUGGACCUAGACCGAGGAUAUUAAAUUUCAAAGUGGAAUACAGAGAUCAGAAUUUUUACUAUAAUGUUGGAGAUAAUGAAAAAAUUGGCAAAGUGAAAGAACUCUUGUCUCAGGAAAUCGGUGUACCUCCAGACAAACAGAGCUUACGAGGCUGGAGCACAAGGAAAACGAGGGUGGAAGAUGAUAAAAUUUUGAGGGAAUUGCAUCUGCCUAAGGAAAACACAUUAUUCCUAUUAACUCCAGAUGUUCCCAAUCCCACACUUGUCAGACCAACAGUUGAUCAGGAAAUGGAGAAUUUAACAGAAGCUCUGAACAGAACAUAUGCCUUGCACAUCAACUUCACAGAGAAUGGAGCAGUUCAGCAAUACAAGUUAAAUAUGCCGGGAAGUAAAACAAUUGGAGAGGUAAAAAGUGAUGUUUAUGCUCUUACAAACUUACCAGCUAGGCAUCAGAUAUGGAUUGGAUGGCCUGAUGCUGCAAAAAAUGAUGACUCUAUGACCAUUGGCUGUUGUGGUUUAAAUUAUCCUAUCCAUAACUUAGAGCUUACCAAGGCAAAUAUCACAGCCAGACCUAAAAGGAUGCCAAAUGAGGUGAUAGCAGAAAUAGAAAUCAGUGAUGAUGAUGACGAUAUGAAUUCUAUAGAAGAUGACAUGUUUGAUCAAGAGGAAAUGCCAAACCGGGGGAGACCUACACCUCUGAUGCCAGAAUCAGUGAAUGAUGAAGUAGAAGCAUUGGAGCACUUUACCAAAGAAUUUAGAGAGAGAUAUGGAGAAACACAUCCAGUAUUUUAUGUUGGUUCCUUAGAAAAUGCAAUAAAAGAGGCUCUAAAUGGUAGAGCAAAAGAUAGGAAGUUGUUGGCAGUGUAUCUUCAUCAUGAUGCGAGUAUUUUAUCCAAUGUGUUCUGUUCACAAAUCCUGUGUUCUGAUAGUGUGGUUAAUUACUUAAGCAGUAACUUCAUUACCUGGGCGUGGGAUAUGACACACGAGACAAAUUGUGCCAGACUCAUCACCAUGGCUACUAGACACUUUGGUAAUGUAGUAGCUGGACAAAUAAGGUGCCUGAAGCCAGAACAGUUACCAAUGUUAUUAGUCAUUUCUAGGGCCAGGGCGACGAAUGAAGUCAUAGAUAUGAUUCCAGGGUCAGUAACAUUAGAUGAACUUAUGACUAGAUUAAUUCAUGAUUCAGAAAGCUUCCAACAACAGCAAAGGAUAGAUAUCCAAGAUGAGGAAGAAAGAGAGGCGCGGGAUACAAUAAGGAGGGAGCAGGAGGAGGCAUUUAAAGAAUCACUUGCUGCAGACAGAAAGAAGGUUGAAGAGCAAAGAAUUCAGCAAGAGAUGGAGAUCAAGAAACAAGAAGAAGAGGAAAGGCAACGAAGAGAGGAGGAGGAGAGAAAAAUGGCAAUACAGCAGUCAGCAGCAUUGCAGAUCCCUGAAGAGCCUCCAGAGAAUUCCAAAGAACCUGUUGCACGAUUAAGAUUUCGAACGCCGACCGGUGAUGUGAAACUACGUCGAUUCAAGGCCACCGAACCUUUAAGAAAUGUUCUGUUUUACCUGACAUCUGAGGGCUUUCAUAUAAAUGAAUACAAAAUUCUUACCACUUUUCCUAGGAGAGAUAUUUCACAGCUGGAUGAAAUGGAGACUCUGCAAGACCUGAAACUGUAUCCACAAGAGACAUUAAUAUUAGAGGAGAAAUGAAUGGGUGUGAAUGGCAAUUCACCCUGCUUGUAACUGUGAUAUAUUUGCCUGUUUUUUUACUGCGUACACGUAUGUGGUCUUUAGCGAUGUCUCUCCUUGUAAUGUGUCACAUGUCCAUUGGGAGAAAGUAUAGUGCAUGAUAAAUUGAGUUUCUUGCAUUUUAACUUUGUUACCGUCAUGUGACUUUGUUAUGAGGAAUAUUAAUUUCAGGAGUGAUUAAGAUUAUUUUAAAAGCAUAUUCAAUUUAUGUAUGCUACUGUGAAAAAGUGUUAAUGUAUUGUUUUAAACCAAGUAUGCAUGUCAAAAUAUGAAGGAAAGCAUACCAUGCAAUGACCCUGCAAAACUAGAAAUCCUUAGACCAAUGGGAAUUAUUAGGAAAUAUAGUUUGUCUGACCUACCGGUUAGUAGAGAAGAAAGGUAUUUCAUUCAGGGGGCAAAAAAGAUAUAAUAAAAAAUGGGAAUAUAUUGAAAAUUAUGAAAGAACAGAGAUAUUAAAUAAGCACAUCACUUUUAUCAAGGUUUAAAAUGGAGUUAAAUACAUUAUAGCACAAGUGUUGUGUAUUCUAAAAUUUAGAUGUAAUUUCUGGGGGAAACUAUUGUAAUAAUUUUUUUUAGAGUUGGUGAAAGAGAAACGGGCAAGAUUUUAAUUCAGGUCGUGUACAUAACAUGAAUUUAUUGAAAUUUGAUAAUUGUAGAUGCAAUUUGUAAUUAAAAGGUAAAGUUUCAUGAGAGGUGUAAAAAAAAAUUUGUGGAUGUGUAUUUGCUGGCAUAAUUAUUUUGGAAGGGAUAUGGGUUUACUCUUAUUAUAUUUAUUUUUUUUAUUCCAAAAUAUGCAGCAUUGUAGAUAAAUUCAAUGGCUUAUUUUUUUUUCAAUCAACAGAAAUAUCACAGCUGUAAAAACAAAACAAAAAAGAUUAUAGUACAAUUAUUACGAUGUUAUGCAAAAAUCUUGACAGCUAAAUUAUUAGAUCUGAUUAGAUAUAAGAAUGUGCAGGGUCAUAUUAUUUAUAAUUUAUUCUCAUUUGAAGGCUAUCAAUUUUAAUUUCUUUACAACGUUUUUGAGUCAUUUGAUGACUUUAAAUUUCUAGAACAUGUACGAUGUAGGUAGUAUAAAUGCUGCAUGAUUGACCUCAUUUAGGAAAAUUCUUCAUCGUCUUGUUCGGGGAAGCAUGUUAGAUAUAUUGAACGCAGUCAUAUGUUCAUUGUACUCUGUAUUUUUGAAAUUUUUCAAGAUUACAUAUGAGUAGAAUAUUACGAUCUGUAAAUUUGUUUACCCUCUGCCAACUUCAAAAUAAAAGUAAAUCAAACGUAA